CUCGAUCCUUCCACCUUCAUUUUAUGCUUGCCAUGCCCGAGGUAGCUAUAAUAUUCAUUAUUUUAAAAGCUUGACAGGGCAAGAUGAUAUUCAAUCCCCACAAACUAGGUGUGCACAAGGUCUUGCAGUACAUUCCCUGGAUGGGACGGCUAUUGGACAUACAGCAUCAAGCUCGUGUGCGGCAAGCAGUCAAUAUCGCGGAUUUGCGGAACAUUGCUCGUGGGAGAGCGCACAAGAUGGUCUUUGAUUAUUUGGAUGGAGGCGCGGACGAUGAAAUUACACUGCGACGCAAUAAGGACGCCUUUUCACAACACGAAAUGCACUACAAGGUACUCAGUGGCAUACAGCCGCCCUUGGAUUUGUCCACCAAUAUCUUGGGAAUGGACGUUCAGCUGCCCUUUUUUGCCUGUCCCACUGCGGGAAACUGCAUGUUCCACCAUCAAGGAGAAACGGCCGUCGCGAAAGCAUCCCAUCAACGAAACAUGCUCUACGCCAUGUCGUGUCUCUCCACCACAUCGCUCCCACAAAUUCAAAACGAAUACCCCAAGCCGGGCAAAGUCUUUCAGCUCUACGUAUGGAAAGACCGACAAAUUGUCAAGGAUUUACUGCAAGAAGCAAAACGUCACAAUUUCACGGCAUUGGCAUUGACCGUCGAUGUCUCCUGGAUGGGAAAUCGAGAACGAGAUCCACGCAAUGGAUUCACCGUACCUCCUAAUUACACGCUGCAACAAACCAUUCAAGCCAUGCAACGACCGGCAUGGACGUUUGAUUUCCUCUCCCGAAAACCAUACGCUUACGCGUGUUUCAACAAGGAUGUUCCCGCCGAUUCCAUGGCACAAUUCAUUAAUUCACAGCUCACUCCUGAUUUUAGUUGGCACGAUGCCGAAUGGUUGCUGGGAGAAUGGAAUUUGCCACACACGGCCAUUAAAGGAGUUGUGCGGCCCGACGAUGCCGUGACUGCCAAACAAGUCGGAUUCUCCACAGUUUGGAUUUCCAAUCAUGGAGGACGACAACUCGAAACGGCACCCGCCACCAUCGAUGUACUGCCACAAAUUCGACAUGCCGUAGGACCUGACAUGGGCAUUAUUCUCGAUGGCGGGAUUCAACGAGGUACCGAUAUCGCCAAGGCGAUUGCCCUCGGUGCCAAUGGUGUUGGCAUUGGAAAACCAUAUCUCUGGGGAUUGGCCGCCGGAGGACAAGCCGGAGUUGAAAAAGCAUUUGAUAUCUUGCAUCGAGAACUCGAUCGUGCCAUGGGGCUCCUCGGGACGCCGACCAUUGCCGAUUUGCAACGGGAAGGACCCAAUCUGAUUCAAAAACGACAAGGCUCUGUUCGAGAUUAUCCCGAUCGAUACGCCCACGACAGAGGGUAUGGUGGUGGGGUUGUGUAGCCUAAAAUUACAAACAAACAAAAAAACACGGAUAGGCCCCCAGUGGACGGAUCAUCACUGUGCUGCAGCCAAAGCUUUGUAGCCUAAAAUUACAGUGUAGCCAGCCAGAAAGACUCCACACAUGAAUCGGGAACUUCGGCUGUUCUUUGCUUAUAAGCCUGGCCCCCGGCGGCUGGCUUCCGUAGAUAAUUUCCCUACUCUAAAACCCCCCUCAUCGUC